UUGGUUGGUAGCAGCAAGUGACAUUAUCGACGCACCAAUCAGAACUCGUGCGAAGAUUAUCGUGAUUGGUUCUUCGAGCAUGUUCUGUCAAGCGUCAAGUAGCUGUCAGAUUGUUACCUGCUGUUAAAAUUGUUUAUUUACAAUUCAUUUUCGCAAAUUUUGCGAAAAUGGCUCACGCUCAGUACAUGGACGAACUAAUACGUGAAUACUUAUUAUUUAGGGGUUUUGGUUCGACGUUAAAAGCAUUUGAUUCGGAACUGAAAGUCGACAAGGAAAAAAGUUUUAGGGUUGACAAAAUCAUCGACCAGCUCAUGCAGUUCAUUGCAAAUUUUGAUUUGAACUCGUUGCGUGAAUUAUGGGGUCAUUUAGACGCUCACAUGUUUAGUAAAUUGGAAAGUCAUUUUAUUCCAGGUGUAAAGAAGCUGGAAAAUUCUGUGCUGAAGAUGUUUUUAGUGAUUUGUGCUGUAAAUAAUAAGACCGAUAAAGUAAUGGAAUUUUUCUUGAGAUUGACGCCAGAACUCCAAAAUCAGAACGAGUGGAAGGAUUGGUUUGUUUUUCCAUACAUCAAAAACCAUGAAGAAAAUCCGGCUUUUUCGCUGUAUUUCACCAAACAGUGGCAGGAUACUUUGUUGGUGUCUCUACAUAAUUUCCUAGCUUCUAUAUUCCAAUACAUGCCAACUCCUACUCUCAUGCAUUUUGAAGAAGAUGCCACCAAAAUUAACAAAAUGGAGCAAAGAAACGAAUCUCUCAGGAACCGUUUAGCUCUGUUGAUUGAUAAAGGUCCAGAAGCAAACGUUACUCCGUGCUCAGUGGAACCCCCACCUCACCUCCUCGACGAUUUCUACAUAAUAGCUCAAGAAAACAACAGUGUGGACAGCCAAGCUAAAAGUCUGAAAAGUUUGAUACGAAAUAUGGGCACAGGUUCCAGUCCUGUACUCGGCAGAAAAGAAAAUGCGGGUGCAAAGAAAAGAGUCAACUCAACAUCACGCACUCCAAAGUCUAGUCAUUUCUACGAUACUUAAAACAAUUUAUUUACAUAAUAAAUAAGAAUUAUUGCUUGAA